AUGAAGCAAGAAAUGUCUGAGAAGAUGCCGGAAUCUCAAGAGGAUAUAGUGGCAAAGUUAACCCGAUUAAUAACAAAGGGAGGUGACAAAGGAAAGGGCCCCAUGGCAGAUGUUGAUGAGGGAAACGAUGAUGAACUUUUCUAUCCUCCAGUGGUUGAGAAGGAAAGAGUGAAGGAAGAGUUACCGAAGCAGUUGGAAGAAAGAUGUAGGUGGCUCGAAGAGAAGUUCAAGGCGAUGGAGUACAAUGGGACAAGCUGCCCAGCAGCUCACAUCACCAUGUUCUGCAGGCGAAUGACGGGUUAUGUUAACAACGACCAACUCUUGAUACACUGUUUCCAAGACAGCCUUACUGGGGCAGCAUCCAAGUGGUACAAUCAGUUGAGUCGUGCCACGAUUGGAUCAUGGAGGGGCUUGGCACAAUCGUUCAUGAAACAAUAUAGUCAUGUGACUGACAUGGCUCCUGACAGAAUCACCCUUCAGAACAUGGAGAAAAAGCUGAGUGAAAGCUUCAGGCAGUACGCACAGAGAUGGAGGGAGAUGAUUGAGAAUGCCAUCAGGAGUGGGAAGAUCGAUGCUGGAGAUAGUAACAGAAGAUCGGCCUCGAGGAGGAAGGAGAGUGAGGUGAACAACACGAGCAUGUACAACAAGGGUUACUCGAAGUCAGUAACAGUGAGUCAGCCAGGAAAGGUGGCUGCCAGUCAGCAAAACUCGUCGAGACAAGAGGUCAGUACAAGGCGAAAUGUUGAGAGGCCCCAAUUCACGCCAAUUCCUAUGUCGUACAGGGAACUAUACCGAAAUUUAUUUGACGCACACGUAGUUGCCCCUUUUUAUCUGAAGCCCCUGCAACCCCCGUAUCCCAAAUGGUACGAUGCAAAUGCACAGUGCGACUAUCAUGUGGGAAUAACGGGGUAUUCUAUAGAAAACUGUACGACUUUUAAGAAGUUGGUUGAAAGGCUCAUUGGUAUGAGAGUCGUUAAAUUUGACGACGCGACCAAGGCAGAAAAUCUAUUACCAGACCACACUGAUGGUGGGGUAAAUAUGGUGGGCGAAGACAGAAGAAUCAAGGUAGAUAUUGCGGAUGUAAGGACUCCUUUGAGAAGGGUCUGGAGGGAGAUGGUGAAAAGGGGACUAAUCGUCUCAGAAGGAAGCUGUGAAAGGAAGAGGAAUUACUGUGAGUUCCACCAUGAAGUGGGGCAUGAAAUCCAAGAAUGUACGGAGUUCAGAGCCCUGAUACAAGGCAUGAUGGACAAUAGGGAGGUGAAAUUCUGUGAAGGAGUUCAAGAGGAAAGUGAUGUAUGCGCAUCAGAGUUGGCAUUGGGGGUCCCGAAGGUUAACCGUCCUGUGGUCAUCAUCUCGCGACCUCAGAACAGUGAGGUUGGGGCACGAACAACACCAAAAGUAAUCAUUCAAAAACCGACCGUGUUUACUUACAAAGAUAACAGGAGGGUUCCUUGGAAUUACGAUUGUAAUGUGACAAUCCCGGGGAAGGAGGAUGUAAUUAAUAGAGAGGAGCAGGAUGAAGGAAGGCACCAUGAACAGAUGAAAGCACGAGUCGAGCCAAUAGGAGAGGAAACUUCAGUUGGAAAAAAGAAGAACGUGGUCAAACCUGAAUUAUUGGUCAAUGAACCAAUCAAAGAGGAGGAAGCUAGAGAGUUCUUAAAGUUCAUAAAGCAUAGCGAGGACAGUGUUGUGGAACAGCUGCACAAACAACCUGCUCGCAUAUCUGUGCUAGCUUUACUCCUGAACUCGGAGGGACAUCGGAAUGCACUACUGAAGGUGCUAAAUGAAACUUAUGUGGCCGACGAUAUCUCUGUUAACAAGUUGGAUCGACUGGUCGGCAAUAUAAGCGCUGAUAAUUUCAUCUCCUUUAGCGAUGAUGAAAUACCGCCUGGGGGUAUGGGAUCUACUAGAGCUUUACACAUCACUGCAAGGCUACCUGUGGAUAGUUCGCAUAUGAAAUCGUGUCAGAACGUGGUGAGAGCAUUUGAUGGCACCAAGAGGAAAGUCAUGGGUAGAAUUGACAUACCCUUGUUAAUCGGCCCAACUGUCUAUGAGGUAGACUUCUUGGUUAUGGACAUCAAGCCUUCUUACAGUUGCCUAUUAGGAAGGCCUUGGAUCCAUUCAGCAGGUGCGGUACCGUCAUCGUUACAUCAAAAACUGAAGCUGGUGUCAGAGGGCCGGGUAGUGACGAUAGAUGCUGAAGAGGAUAUCAUUGCAUCCGUGACUAACGAUGCGCCUUAUUUGGAGACGAGUGAUGAUGCAAUCGAGUGCUCUUUCCGUUCCUUGGAAUUUGUAAAUGCAACAUUCAUCCUUGAGGGAAACAAGAUCCCGAUGCUGAGAAUAUCAAAGACCACAAAGAUGGGUCUGCAAUUGACAGUAGGAAAGGGAGUUUUGCCGAGAAAAGGAUUGGGGAAGUAUCUUCAGGGCCGAGUUGAGGCUCAAAUGUUGAAAGACAAGCAGGACCGUUUUGGCUUAGGAUACAAGCCAGAUGCUAGGCAGAGGAAGAUAGAGCAAGAAAAGAAGCGUGAGAGAAGAAGGGCUCGUUUGACAGGGGAUGAGGUCGAAUUGGAAUCCAUGACCUUUCCUCACCUAUCCAAGACUUUUGUAUCGGGAGGAUUCCUCUAUCAAAGGGUCAGAAGUAUUAACACGGAGUUGAAGAGUAUUCAUACCGUGUAUGAAAAAGCGACGGGAGGAAGAACCUUGCGGGAUAUUCGUCCUUAUGAGUCGGGAAGGGCGCUAAACAACUGGACUGCAGAAGAGAUACCUGUAGUUUUUAGGAUUCCCUCAGAGUCCUACGAUAUCAAUGAUACGAAUGUCACUCUUACAAAUUUAAAGUCUCCUUUUGAACGAAACACGUGUUUAGAGGGAUCGCAUGAUUUUGAGGAUGACGAAGACCGUGUUUUGUCUCCUGACUUGUUGAAGAUGGAUAUGCCGGGGUUGAGUUCCGACAUCGUAGUCCAUCGUCUUCCUAUAAGAGAAGAUUGCAAGCCAGUGCAGCAAAAGCUCAGAAGGAUGAGGCCUGAUAUCGUGUUGAAGAUAAAGGAGGAGGUCCAAAAGCAGUUUGAUGCCAGAUUUCUGUAA